AUGGACUCCUCCUUUACUGACGACGAAAAGCGCUUCGUUCUUGCCGAAAUCAUCAAGGCCAGCCGUAUGGAUGUUGGUGUUCUCGUCAACCUAAUCAGGUCGCACGAUAUUCAGCCCGACUGGUUGUCGAUGCAGCUCCCUCGUGGUAGGUGUCUUUCGGUUGAAGUCAUCUCUCCAUCCUCUGACAUGCUUUUCGCAGGUCGAAAUGUGAACCAGUGUAUUCAUGUCGGCGGAGGCCAUGUUCAACGCCCCGAUGCCUCCGCCUUUGAUAUCACCCUUCGCUUGCGUCCCCUAGCGAACCUCCAUCCUCACGGAUUGCCCUACCAUGCGACGCCAGCCUUUGCGCAGCAUCACGUCAACAUCCAUCAUCCUAACGGGCAACCGACUGUUGCCCUUGCUCCUAAUCCGAACACCGUCCCUGCCUCGGCGCCGACCCCAUAUCCAGGGCCUCCUCGCAGACGUGGGCGGCCUCCAAAGUCAGAAAACCGAUCGGGUCACUGGCAGAUCACGACUUCUUAUCCAAACAUCACCCCAGCGCCUAUCGCACCUGCUCCGGCUCCAGCCCCAGCUUCAGCGCCCCAGCCAAGCAGUCCAAGCUUCCGAGCCCAAGCACCGAUAGCUCCAGCUCCGGCUCCAACUUCAGUUCCAGCACAAGCCGCGACCUCGGCACCACAGCCAAACAGCCCGAGCUUCCGCGUACAGCCGUAUAAUAAUCGAUACUCGAUGCCUGCCGGGCCUCUGGAUUCAAAAUCUGGAAAGAAGCUCUUGCCCGAGAUAGCCCCUCGUCCAACGCAUGGCACUUCGGGGUUGGAACAACCUGCCAGAUCGCCCACAAGGCCGGUAUCAGAAUAUCAAGAUCGGAGGGAAGACAUACACCGACUGCCACCACCGCAAGCUCAAGGGCCCCCAAGACACACGAUGCGGGAUCCUCCACUGCUGCCACCACCACAGAGCCCACGCUCGCAUCCUCAUCCGCCACCACACCACAUGAUGGACGCUUCACGACCACGAGAGACACCACCACCGACGCCCAUGGAGCCGGUAAAGCACGAGAGCCAUUUACCGCCACCGCCCACGAAGACAUGA